CAACGCGAUUUAUGUCGGCGGCUGCUAUAAGACGCACCUCUGCCGUACGGUAAACGACCAACUUCAUACGCCCGAUAAUGUCUCUCAACUUUGCUGCGGAGGAGCAGGUCGCCGUCGCGGCGGUGCGCCGGGCGUGCAUGCUCACCUCGUCGGUGUUCAAUAAGCUCGUGAAGAAUGAGACCCUGGUGAAGGGCGACAAGUCGCCGGUGACUGCGGGCGAUUUUGCUGCGCAGGCUGUGGUCAACACCAUCCUUGGGCGUGCCUUCCCCGAUGACCCCAUCGUGGGUGAAGAGGAUGCGAACGACCUCCGCGUCGAGUCCGGAGCAACGCUCAAGAACCGCAUUGUGGAGCUCGCAAACGAGACAUUGACGGCGGAGCUCGGGAUCGGGGAGAUGGCGGAGUGGGGUCUCGGUCCUGGGCAGUCACGCACAGCGGAUGAGCUGCUAGAUGCGAUUGACCGAGGGACAUAUGAAGGCGGACGGACCGGACGUAUGUGGACGCUUGACCCUAUCGACGGCACCAAGGGUUUCCUCCGCGGAGAGCAGUACGCCGUCUGUCUGGCCCUGAUUGUGGACGCGAAGGUCCAGCUCGGAGUCAUGGGCUGCCCCAACCUCCCCGUGGACGCAUCCAACCCUGACGGCCCAAGGGGCUGCAUAUUCGUCGGUAUCCGCGGACACGGGUCCAAACAGCUGACCAUGUCCGGAUCCGACCCCAGACCCCUCAAGAUCCCCACCUUCGCCGACGAGGAGCUCAACUUCCUCGAGUCGGUCGAGGCUGCGCAUUCCUCCCAUUCAUUCAACGACCGCGUCGCCCAACUCCUCGGGAUCAAGCGCGCGCCGAUCCGGAUGGACAGCCAGGCCAAGUACUGCUGCCUUGCCAGGGGCGACGGGGGUGUCUACCUCCGGAUGCCCACAGGUGUUGGGUAUAAAGAGAAGAUCUGGGACCACGCAUCGGGAUCAGUUCUGGUAGAGGAAGCCGGCGGCGUCAUUACCGACUCGAGAGGAGAGCCGCUGGACUUCGGUCUCGGACGUACGUUGGGGGAAAACUACGGGGUCAUUGCUGCCGGUAAGGCGGCUCAUGUGAAGGUCCUUGCUGCGGUUAAGCAGGCGAAGGAGGAAGAAGCGAAAUCAAAAGGAAAUCUGUAGUGUAUUUCUAGCCUUUGUAGUCCUAAGCUGUGUUUUGUCUCUCUCCCGAGUUCAUUACAGGGAAAGAUUCCAGUUACGGUGUGUCAA